AUGGAACAAUAUGCCAACAACUUGGAAGCACUUGUUGAGGAAAGGACGGCCGAUUAUCUAGAACAAAAGAAAAAAGCCGAAGAUCUCUUAUACAAUAUGCUUCCCAAAUACGUUGCUAUGCAGCUAAUCAAGGGGGAAUCCGUGACUGCCGAGGCAUACGACAGCGUCUCUAUCUAUUUUAGUGACAUUUGUGGCUUUACAGCCAUGUCAGCUGAAAGCACACCUCAUCAGGUUGUGGAUCUCUUAAAUGAUCUCUAUACUACGUUCGACUCGAUUAUUGAAAACUACGAUGUAUACAAGGUGGAAACAAUUGGAGAUGCCUAUAUGGUUGUGUCAGGAGUACCAAUUCGUAAUGGAAAGAACCACAGCCGAGAAAUUGCCCGGAUGUCUUUGGCUCUUUUAAAAGCGGUUAAAACAUUCCGUAUCCGACAUCGACCAAAUGAACAGCUUAAACUUCGAAUAGGAAUACAUACUGCUACGUCCAAAAUAAACAUGUAUAUCUAUCUAUCUAUCUAUCUAUCUAUCUAUCUAUCUAUCUAUCUAUCUAUCUCAUUCUGUUCAUAUCUAUCUAUCUAUCUAUCUAUCUAUCUAUCUCAUUCUGUUCAUAUCUAUCUAUCUAUCUAUAUAUCUAAGACUAACCGUUCAUAUCUAUCUAUCUAUCUAUCUAUCUAUCUAUCUAUCUAUCACACUACAUGUUUUUCAUCUCUCUCUCUCUCUCUCUCUCUCUCUCUCUCUCUCUCUCUCUAA